CUUACUCGCAUUCGCUGCAAUGACGAAGGGAACGGGAAGUUUCGGAAAGAGGAGGAACAAGAGUCACACACUCUGUGUGAGAUGUGGCCGUCGCAGUUUCCACAUCCAGAAGAGCCGUUGCUCCGCAUGUGCCUACCCCGCAGCUCGCAAGAGGACCUACAACUGGAGUGUGAAGGCAAUCCGUAGAAAGACUACCGGAACUGGAAGGAUGAGGUAUCUUCGCAAUGUCCCUCGCAGGUUCAAGACCAGUUUCAGAGAAGGUACUGAAGCCAAGCCAAGGAACAAGGGAGCUGCGUCAUCAUCAGCUUAAACCGAGUGUUUUAGUAUUUUCAGGAAGAGUUAAAACUUAGUUUUUGGCUUCUGUCUUUGUUCGCAAGAUUACUAUUUUUAUUGCGCAUCCGAUUACUACUUUACUUUGUCGUCUUUUUUACUCCCUUUUUCAAUAUAAAAUUUUGGACUUGGAUAAGAUUUCUGUUGCCUCUGCAAUCUGCAAGUCUUUGAUUCCUUUGUGUAUUUUGUGUUAGACUAUCAGUUAAAGUUCUUUCUUCUCUGAGGGAUCUUGUCUAUAGUAGUCCUGUACAAAUUACUGUAAAGCUUACACAAGAUCAUUGGAAUCAGUUUCAAAUAUUG